GUGCAACCACUCACACAUGUGCUCCUGCAUCGAAGGAAAAUCCGCCACGUACCGCCUUUCCUAUUGUGUUUUGCUCAAACCAAAGCCGUCCACAGAUCAGUUCUCAAUCGCACUCGUAACGUGUGGAAGGUAACGGUUGUCUUUUGUCCAACAGCAUCUGACCAGUCAUGGCUCUACGGAAUCUUACCAUCCACAUCAUUUUCCUUACAACCUUAAUCCUCGUGACUUUAUUGACUUUAUCCAGAUAUUAUCAGGAGCAACAACUUCAGCCGCUAGUGAUGAGAAACUGCGGGGGUACAAGCAACUCAUCGAUAGUUGGCAGCACCUCCAAGGAUGGCGCCUUCUAUCGUGCAUCAAACAUCGCUAAGUUUAACGAGGAUUGGGGAAAAAAGGUUUGCCCUCUGCAGGAUCUUCAUGACUUGACCAACUUCUUUGAAUAUAUAUAUACGUCAAUUGUUCCUUGUGAUUACAAGAUGAUGUUGGGAGGACGUCUGCUUGGUAAGUCUUCAAAAAUGGACGGAGACAAAUGGGUGUGCAUGGACAAGCAAUUCAAUAUUUCUCCAAGGAAUUGUUUGAUAUUCUCCUUUGGAGUCGGUGCUGACUGGUCUUUUGAGGAUGAAGCAGAAAAAAACUGGGCUGUGUUUGCCUUUGAUCCCACGAUCAACCAAAAGACUCACAACCGAACGAAGAAUAUAAGUUUCUUCAACCUGGGAAUUAGUGACAAGACUGGUCCUACAGUAAAAGUGAAGACAAACCGUUACAGCAACAUUCUUAGCGACCUGGGUCACCUCAACAGCACCAUUGAUAUCCUGAAGAUUGAUGUAGAGGGAAGUGAACUCCUCUUCUUUAAAGAUGUCUUCGAGCGCACACCUAAUCUCUUGAAAAAUGUUAAAUUUAUAGCGAUGGAGGUACAUAUUGGAGGACAAAAUAAAGAAAUUGGAAGGACACACACAUUGUUUUGGAACUACUUUCAACUGUUGGAUUGCUUCGGCUUCAAGAUAGUGUAUAGUGCUAUCAAUCCUUUCGUUGGGGGAAAGGUAGUGAAUGGAAGGCGUCGAGCCUGCUGUUAUGAAAUAGUGUGGGUGCAAGACCGUACCUGGUAACGCAAAAUCUCUAAGUUUCAUUUAUCCAUAACAGUAGAAACAACAAAGUAAUAAAAAAAAUUGUUUACAAU